GAAGACAAUUACCGAAGCAACAGGAAAAGUUCACAUGAUAACAGAACAACUAGAACGGUCCUGAAAUCCUUUGUAGGCGGGAAACAUAAAAAAUGUUGUAAUGUGUUUGUAUAUGGGGAACGAAGAAGGAGUUUUCCCUCCUAGUCAUUCAGUUACCUGCUUGCUUGCUAGCAGAGAGUAAAGCAGAUUUUCUCCUGUGGUAUCUGUGAAUGGCUUCAAAAGCUUGGCAGCAUCCUUACGUCGACAUAUUCAAACAUGUCAAAGUGGAGGAGUGGAAGAGGUCGGCCAAACAAGGAGAUGUGUUCAUGCAUAUGGACAAGACACUUAAGUGUCCAGUGUUCAGGAUCAAGGGUCCUGUUCCUGCCAACAGCUACAUCCUUAUUCCCAGAAACCCCAGCCACUCUCUGGGGCUGACUGGUCGCUUCUUCUACCUGCUCUUCAGACCCACUCCAGGAAAAUACUUCAUGGUUCACCUUGAUGUUGCUGUUCAGGAGCGCCAGGUGGUCCGUAUCUCCUUUUCAAAUAUGUUGAAAGAGUUCAAAUCCACUCCUACAUGGCUUCAGUUUCCUUUCUUGUGUGGAGCUGCAGAUGAUUCAGUGUAUGAUUGCACCUCCAAAUCUGCAAAGCAUGGUUUGGUGGGUCCAGCUCCCUGUUCAGUUCGUUGGACUUGUCUGAUGCUGGACCUGCAGUUUGUGCUUUCUGUCUACCUCAAUCGACACUACAGUCGCCUCAAGAGCAUUAAACUGUGUGCCAACAUGGUUGUGAAAAACAUGUUUACCAGUGAUUUGCUGUUAGAGCCUGGAGUUUCCUUAAGUGAAGCAAAGCAAAUGGGCCUGGUGUCCUCUCAGGGAACAGGUCCCAUGCCCAGAGAGAUGUCAUUUCCUUUACCGAAGGGAUCAUCUUGGCAUGACUUCUACGAUCACAUCAAGUUUCCUUCAGAAGGGACUAAGUUACCAUGUGACUUUAUGCAAAAAGAAAAUCCACAUCCAGGGACUAUAGGUUUUUCAAAACAAAGAAGCUCUUCAGAUGAAGCGUCUCGCUGUGACAACCUCAGCAAAUCAAUUCAGGACCGUGUGUCCCUCACCCAGCAGAUUACCACUCCAAAAUUAGUGUCAAGGAAUCCAACCCCCAUGGUACCCAGCAUACCAGAGUUAGAUGUUGCUCCUACUCACAGGAAUAACUGGAUUUGCAAUAAUGAUCCCCAACUGCAAGAGUCCACACACUCCGAUUCACAGCAGCUCCCAUUCAGGAAUUCGUGUAGUACUGAUGAUGGUGGAGUUCAUGUGUAUGUACAUCCUGAAGAUGAAUUUGGUUCACACAGAGAGGAAAGUGAUGGAGAGGUAUUUUGUAGUCCUGUUCCACGUCCUAUCUCUCUGACAUCAACCAAAGAACCUAAACAGCAGAAGCUGCUCCCAGAUCCGAUCCUCAGGCUCAGUCGAAUCAUUGGCUUUGGAGGCGCCACUGCUAGAUAUGCCCUGUGGACCAAAUCAGGGGAUGCAGUGGUGUAUCCAUGCCAUGCAAUAAUUGUCUCUAUGAAGAUCUCCUCUAACCAGCAGAGAUUCUUCAUCGGCCACACUGACAAGGUUUCUGCUCUGGCUUUUAAUGGAAACACAACACUGCUGGCCUCAGCACAAACUGGCAACAACAGUGUCGUUCGAGUCUGGAACUACAGCAAAGGAAACUGUCUGGCAAUGUUCCAAAUUCACGCUCACUCUUUAUCCUGCCUAAGCUUCUCAUAUGGAGGUGGUAUUCUCUGUGGAGUGGGUAAAGAUGGGCAUAAUAAAACAAUGGUGGUGGUGUGGAACACUGUGAAUGUUAGCAGAGGUGGAGAGGUCACCAUCUUAGCCAAAGCACACACGGAGGUGGAAAUAAACACCAUGAAGGUUGCCUUCUUCGAUGAUACAAGGAUGGUUUCUUGUGGUCGUGACAAUAUCCGUCUGUGGCGAGUGCGGAAUGGGAUGCUGCGCUCAUGUCCGGUUAACCUAGGGGAAUACCACUCACUGGACUUCAGUGAUGUGGCCUUCGAGGAGGGAAAUUACUGGGACAAGCAUAUUGACGAACGAACACUAUUUGCUAGCAGUCGGAGCGGCCAUAUUUUCGAGAUCGACUAUGGCAGAGUUGUUGUUAAAAAUGUGAGGAGGCUUUUGCCAACACAGUUGCAGCAUGCCGACCGCCGGGAGAAAUUGACUUUAAAUUCAGGUCCAGGAAUCGCCAUCAACAGCAUAAGUGUGUCUUCGUCACUCUGUGCCACAGGCUCUGAAGAUGGUUUCCUGCGUGUUUGGCCCCUUGACUUUUCUGCUGUCUUCUUGGAGGCUGAGCAUGAAGGAGCCGUAAGCAUGGUGUCACUGUCAUCUGACAGCCAUCAGGUCCUGGCAGCCACCUCUACUGGUAACCUGGGUUUCCUUGACGUUAGCAGCCGUGAGUACAACACACUGAUGAGGUCGCAUACAGACACCGUGCUCGGCUUCAGUGUGGAUGGAAUUCGUCGGCAUCUCACAACAGCCUCUUCUGAUGGAACUUUGCGCGUUUGGAACAUGGAUUCCUUACAUCAGUUGUACGAUUUUGUUUCUGAAGACAGCCCCUGCUCUGUGGCUUUCCAUCCGCACGAGCAAACUUUCUCUUGUGGGUUCAGUUCAGGAAUCAUCCGAGUCUUUGACAUUCCCAGCGCUAAGCUGCUGGCUGAGCACAGGCAACACAGAGGUGAAGUGGUUGGUGUAGCCUUCUCACCAGAUGGGGAGUUCAUGUACAGUGCUGAUUCACAGGGUUCUCUGGCACUUUAUAACGGCUCAGAAGAAGACCACAACGUGAUCAGAGUUACAUGCAACGUAGUGGCCCGAGGCACUGAGCGUGCUCCAGAUGCUCUCACAGUGAGCAGUGACAGCCGUUCCCUGGCUUUUGUUGGACCCUCACAGUACGUUGUGACCAUUGCAGAUGCACGCUCUUUGGAUGAGCUGCUACAUGUAGAUGUGAGUAUUUUGGAUGUGGAGAGCCCCCAUCUGGAUUUAGCAUUGAAGGUCUGCUUCUCUCCAGCCACCACUGAACAUUUGUUAAUUGCCACAUCUGCAAACAAGAUUCUUUGGGUUUGCACCAAGACGGGUUGCCUGCUCAGAGAGGUGUCCAAGGUUCACAAACACCAGUGCUCAUCUCUGGCUGUGAGUGAAGAUAGCCGAUUCCUGCUGACAGCUGGACACAAUGCUGUGAAAGUUUGGGAUUAUAACAUGCAACGUCAUAUUAAUUCACAGAUGUUCAUCGGUCACAGUCAGCCCAUUCACCAGGUUACCUUCACCCCUGACCAGCUGGGUGUAGUUUCAGUGGGAGAUGCCAUAUUCCUUUGGGACUUCCUGGCAAAUCCUGCUGAAUCUUCGACUGGCAGCUGUUCUCUCAAACGAAGCCAUCUCUCACCUCUGAAAGCAGCAGACUGUCCAGUAAAUGGAGUACAGAUGUCCAGUGGGAUACCUCGGCAGACAGCCCCCCUCCCCUCCUCACCCCCACGACUGCAUGUCAGCCCUCCUGAACAAGCUCACCGAGGAGGUUUGGGUUUCUCAUCUGUUUUUGAAGACAGCCCAGCAAACCCAACUGUUCCAAAUCAAGACAUUAGCCCUGGUCCAUCGUCUGAUCCGAGAACUGCCAUCUCCUUUCUCAGAGUCACAGACCUGGAAAUCAACACGUCUUACCUGAAUACAAACCACGCAGACUCUGUUGAGUUGAAUCAAAGCACCCCAGUGCGUCCGGAUUGUUAUAGGCACUUUAUUCCACGUUUCAAAACCUCCUAUCUUGAUCAGAAUGUGGUAGAUCCCCAAACACAUGAAGAGGAGGGCUUAAAACUUAAAGCAGUGAUCGGCUACAAUGGCAAUGGCCGGGGUAAUAUGGUGUGGAACGCUGACCAAGGUUUAUUUGCGUACUCUUGUGGCUGUGUUGUGGUGGUGGAGGACCUUCAUACAGGAGGGCAGAGACACUUGCAGGGUCACAUUGAGGAGAUAUCCUGUCUCGCUGCCACAAGUGAUGCAAAGACCAUGGUAUCUGCAGCUGGUGGUGGUAACGGCAGCAGAAGCCUCAUCUGCAUUUGGAAUAUCCUGAAUGGAACUUGUUGUCGCACCAUCUUCCACCACAAGGGGGCAGUACAGAGUCUCGCUUUCUCCAGGGAUGAUCGCUUCCUUCUCUCUGUUGGAGACUUCUCUGACCCUGGGUUGGCCUUGUGGGGCAGCAAAAACUUUCAGCUGCUAUCAAGUGUGAGUAUGUCAGGGCCAAUCCAUGAUGCCACCUUCAGCCCCUCAGCAGCCAGCCAGAUGGCAUGUGUGGGCAGCCACGGGGUUUACUUCUGUUUCAUCCAAACUCAAGGCAUGGAUGUAGAUCUCAAGGUCCAAAGGGUAACGGCACCAACAGAGGUGGGUGAUGUGGAGCUGACAGCUCUGUGCUAUCACAUGGAUUCCCUUCUGUUCACGAGCACAAACAGAGGACAUGUUUGUGCCUGGCACACUAGCACACAGCGCUGCUUUAUGAUCUGGGGAGCUGAUGAUGGAGAGAUUGGAGUGCUGCUGUGUCGAGGGAAUCGUCUGUUGACAGGCAGCAACACCCGCUGGCUGCGACUGUGGGGGGUAGAGGCUGUACUGGGUCUCAGGCCAAAGGAGAAAUUGUGCAGUGCAAAAGACAGUGGGACAACAGUUGUGGUGGAGCAAGAGAUAAUGCUGGAUGGGACAGCAGUCAGUGCAGCGUUUGACAGCACAAUGGACAUGGGCAUUGUUGGCACCACAGCGGGAACUCUCUGGUACAUCAACUGGUCGGAUAACAGUAACAUCCGUCUGGUUAGCGGGCACAAGACGAAGGUCAACAAUGUUGCAUUUAGCUUUGAUGAGAGCCACUUCACCACAUGCAGCGAAGAUGGUAGUGUGAGGGUGUGGUUAACCUCCAGUUACGAACUAGUGGUGCAAUUCCAAGUCCUCAACCAGGCCUGUUGCUGCGUAUGCUGGAGCCCUUCUCCCAGCAAGGACAGCACAUGCAUCGCUGCUGGAUACGGUGAUGGGACCCUGAGGAUCUUCCGGGUUGCUACGACAGAGAUGGAAAUUAAGAUGCAUCCUCAUCAUGUGGCUGUCGUGUCUAUCCAAUACUCUGCUAAUGGUCACGUGAUCCUUUCAGCUGGGAAGAAUGGUGUGAUUGCUGUCAGCAGUACUUUCAAUGGAGAAACUCUUCGUGUUGUCAGAGACCACAAAGGAGCACCGAUUACGACGAUCCAAUGUGUAAAUGAACAGUGCCAGAGGUUUGGACUGGAAGGAGAUGAAAUGUGGUUGGCCGCCAGUGCUGACAGACGCGUCAGUGUAUGGGCUGCCGAUUGGUCAAAGGAGCAAUGUGAUCUACUAGACUGGCUAUCAUUCCCUGCUCCACCCUAUUUUGAGGGUGACAGCCUGCCACCCAGCCUGGCUUCCUUUUGCCCAGCAGAUCAUGACCUGGUAGCUUACACUGGCUAUGGAGCAGAGAAAGAGCUAUCUUUUUACAGCCUGGUUAAAAAACAGAUAAUAAAAAAGAUUGCUUUGCCUCACUGGGCCACAUGCCUUAGCCUCUCCUCUAGGAGUCAGCUUGUAGCUGUGGGAUCAAAAGAGCGAGUGCUGAAGCUGAUCAAGUCGACCAGUGGCAGGUUUCAGGAUUUCUCGCAGCAUAGUGACUCACUACUGACGUGUCAUUUCUCUCCCUCUGGGACCCUUCUCUUCUCCGUGGCUUAUAAUGAGAUCCUGCUGUGGGAGGUGCAGGGCCUCUAAUCUACUGUUGAACCUCUAACCACGUAGGUUUGUUCAUCAUCGCAUAUGGCAAGAUUUUUAUUGCUGUUGUAAUUUUAUUUUUAGAUGAAUUGUUCUAUUAGAAGUGUAUAAAUUAAUUUUCUUUUUACAUGUUUAUGGUUUUAAAAUAAAACCUUGUUUUACAGAA